UCGGCCGGUAAUAAAUGUAUAUUCUAGAUUAGACACACAUCUAACACAUACUCUGCAAUCGUUGUUAUUUUCCGUUGAGUUAGUAAAUAUUGCAUUGCCAAAAUGGAGUUGUAUUUCUCUAUAUGUAUAUGGAUGUAUUUGCAAGUACUUAUUGAUUCGUGCUUGGGCUGUCCAGCCAGUUUUCCUCGAUUAUUUCAAAGAGAAAAUGACAUUAUAAAACUUACAUUGAAGACAACUGUAAACACUCAAGGCGUUAUAAGCUACCAGAUUAUGAAGGACAGAACCAAUUUGAUGAGCAUAGAUUUCUAUAACGGUGAAGUAAUGCAACAAGAGUCAUGUCAGCCUGCAGACUGUACGUUUUCGGGAAACGCUGCCAACGGUGAUUUUUCUAUCACACUUUCUAAUGUACAGAGAGCAUCAGCAGGAACCUAUAAACUCAUCAUGAUGCAAACCAACGAUGAAAAGGCUUGCGCAACACUUUUUGUACUAGGAUCACCAGACCAGCCUUCCCUUUCGUCAAACAAGGACCCCUCAAUCGGUGAGAGUGUCAUUGUCACGUGCAGUAGUACCUCAACAACAACACCGAAAAACCACGGGCUUAGUUUGUCCUACACCUGGACGAUAUAUGGUCAGACAAACCCUGCGGGAACACGUUACACAUACUCUGCUUCCGGACACCAACUUACUAUCUCUAUUGUGCAAAAGACAGACAACACAAUUGUAUUGAAAUGCUCGGCAACCGAAGUCGUAACAAACGGUUACACGUCGUCCGAGAGCUUGGGAUUUCCCUUCAACGUGCUGUACGGUCCAGACAGUGUCAGCUUUAGCCCCGCUGCCACGUCCUAUGAGAAGGCCCUGAACUCUGUUCUUGACCCAGUCACAUGCCAAGCUGACUGUAACGGGUGCAGUUUCUCGUGGUCACGAGAACAUACUACCAUUGUUAACACAGGUGUGCUUAGUUUGAAGACGCUGUCAGUGGACAAGGCUGGCCAGUAUACGUGUACGGCAUCUAGAACCGGGGCUGCACGAAGGGACAAAACACUCAGUAUUGCAGUCAUACACGGUCCGAGUAGCGUGUCUUUAAUCCCAGCUGACAUCCUUUACACCGUUGGGAUUGGUCGGGCCAUAGGUACAGUAACCUGCUCAGCGCAUUGUUGGCCUUGCUCCUACACUUGGACUGGGCCCGGCUCGUUUUCAUCAUCAGAACCAACCAUUAGUCUACAAGGUAUUACAAACUUGUCGGUCGGAAGGUACACGUGUACUGCAACCAAUGAAAGGUCGUCGGUCUCCAGCUAUGCCUACUUCGAUGUUAACGUUCUCUACGGACCAGAUAGCAUAACUUUCAACACAUCCUUAUCUACUAUAAGACAAAAGGAGGGCUCAUUGUUUCUGCCAGUUGAAUGCCAGUCCGAUUGCAUUGGCUGCACGUUUACGUGGAACAAAGACGGUGUUCCGUUAACAAGAACAGCUAUUUUGGAUCUGGCUACAUUACACAAAUCAGAGGCUGGUGUUUAUUCGUGCACAACCUCAAGGGAAGGAGCACGCUCAAUGAACAAACAACUUGAAAUCCAAGUUAUAUAUGGACCUGAUCAUGUAGCUGUCCUUCCGGCCAAUACCCUGUAUGUACUGAACGACGGAAACACUAUGGACAGCGUAGUUUGUUCAUCUGACUGCUUCCCGGAAUGUUCUCUUAUGUGGGUACCGUCUCUGUUAAGUAACCAAGGAAACCUCAGUCUAGGCGUCCUACACAAGGAGUCUACCGGGGUGUACACAUGUGUAGCAAGUAACCCGGAAUGGAGUGAGAAAUAUGUUAAUGUUACCAUUACAGUCCGGGUAAGAUAUGGCCCGGACAGCGCACUUCUGAACGUUGCUUCUCCUUUCACCGUGACGGAAGCGGAAUACAUUCAAAGCCUCGAGUGUACUUCCGACUGUUGGCCUGGUUGUCGACUGAAAUGGAUGAAUGCUGCAAAUGUUACAUUGCAAAAUACUGGCACACUCGCUCUUGGAAAAGGUACUAGGGUCAAAUCUGGAUUAUACGUAUGCGUCUCCGAAAAUAACGCCGAAGAAUACAAGAAGAUAGCCCAUGCCUCAUUGAUGUUGAUAGUCGAAUAUGCUCCUGAUGUGUUCAUAAGCCAGUCGAUUACUGUUUGGACAGAAAACACCCCGCUUGAUCUUCUGUGCAAGGCAUCAGGUGUGCCAGCUGUGUACAACUACACCGGCUUUGUGCAGAGAGUAGGUGCUGUGGUGAUUCCAAACAGUCACGCGGAGCACCCGGGGGUUAAGGAAAGCAUAUCUGUCAACAUUCCAUCUCUUCAACUUCAGGAUACCGGGACUUAUACUUGCAACGUCCAAAAUGGAAUUACCGGUGUUAACAAACAACUAGUUCAGACAGCAUCACAAAGGAUCGAUGUCCGAGCUUCUCCAAAAUUUCUGGUGAAAGAAUGUAAUUUUGCCGGAGAACCAUCAGGAAGCAUCAUCAUAGCAAUUCCCUUUGUAAGCGUUCCUGAAUACAGCUCAUACAGCGUAUUAAGACACGAUGGACAACCGGUUUCGAUGAAUGGAAAAUAUACUAUGCAUAUAAAAAACGAUUUUGUAAAUGCUGUAUUCUACGGAAAACAAGUUACGCUAGUUGGAAACGUCCUUAACAUGAUUAUUACCGAUUUGUCAGAAGAAGAAUUUGGGGAAUACAACAUACAGAUUACCAAUGAUAUCAAUACGGCAAAUUUCAGCAUCAAUGUUAUGGCUACAAGCAGACCUUUUCCGGCAACAGAACUGACGAUAAAAUCAGUGAACGACACAGUUACCCUUGAGUGGAAAAAGGGUUUCAAUGGAGGAGAUGAACAAACAUUUGUUUUGCAGACGUCGCUUAAUUCAGAAGGUGUUUGGAUGAAUAGAACCACCAUUCUCGAAUCUGAAUCAAAGUAUGUAAAGAACACUGGAAGAUAUCAGGUGAAUCUUACAAACCUAGCUCCAGGAAAAUACUCCGCUAGACUUGUGACUUUGAAUAGUAAAGGAGCUGCUGAUCCUAUUACAUUUAAAGAAACCUUUGAAGUCAUGGAAUUGAACACGGAAGCCACAUCUCGAACCAACGUCGUUCCAGUCAUUGGAGGAUCUGUUGCAGGAAUAGUUACAUCACUAGUUUUGGUGAUAGUCAUUUUGUUCGUCAUUAGACGAAAGUACACUUGUGUCUGCUCAUGCAAACUGGCUAAAAGGGAAGAUCUAUAUAAGAACACAAGUAACGACCAGAGAAUGUAUACACACGGUGUUGCCGAAUCUGGAUACAACGCAGCUCAAACUUAUGAGGCUAUAUCUAUGACAACGAACACCCAGUUUUACGAUGCUUUAAAAAACGGAGAUAACGGAGCAAACAACUCAGACAUGUUGAAUGAGGCGAGUGCAAAGCCACUUCCAUACUACGGAAAUGUGAAAAAGGGCGAUACAACAUUGUAAUAACAAAAUUACACUAAUGUGAAGAACGUGCUUGUAUUGAAACAAGCAACUCAAAAUAGCAGACAUGGCAAAUUUUAUUGGACAAACAAACAUGGUGUUUAAAUUAUUAUGUUUAAUAGUUAAAAAUAGACAAAUAGCAUAAUUAUGGAAGCGUUUAUCUUAAACAAUGCUGAUAUGAUCAACAACAACUGUGUAAUGUUAACAUGAUGAUAUAUUACAUCGAGAUAUCUAUUUUAAUAAACCUGUGUCAGUUGUACACUCUAUCCAUCUAUGUCGUAUGAUACAAUAUUCUUGUUUUAAAACAUGUUCUAUACCGUUUCUUCAUGUUCAUUUCAGUAACAUGUUUUUUUUUCCGAAAUAACGUUUUAUCACAAGUUUUAUAAAGAUGUUUUACAUAGUACUUUACUGUUUAUAAUCUUGUUACACUCCUUUCCUCCAUGAUAAUUUUAGAAUGUAUUACUUUGGAUUUGUUAAAAACAUUCAAGAAGUUCCUAUUUGUUCCAUGUGUAGAAGAUCAACAACAAAGACAUAAUAAUACUGCAAAAUGUGAGAGUUAACACAAAACAAAAAAAUACCUAAAUUCAUGAUCUUUGAGAAAAAAAGACAAUCACAAUUAACGACAUUUUUGUAUUAAUACCCAUUUAAUUAGUAUAAAGUCAUUUGAUUACAUAGGCGUGCAGAUACUCAACAAUGGCAAGUGGUUAAGAUCAAGAGUAAUUUAAAUGGCUCCCAAAAUAGGGCACUCGCUUCUUUUUCAACUGAUACAAGCAAACCUAUAUUGAUGGUCGUAUAUGAACUCGACGGUAUCAAUUGAAAAAAAAUGACAGUUACAUUUAACCAAAUGACAACCAUAGUUUGAAGACAUAAUUUACUUCUCAUAAUUCGUUUGUUUUGUAAAGGGUACAUUUAUUAGUAUGAGAUCAAAAUUAAAAAGUUAGUUUUUAAAUAAAAAAAUACUUUUAGAAUAUGUGCAUCAUAUGAUAUUUAAUUGUUCAUUGCUUUUUUUAUAUAUAUUUUUGUGUAAUUGAAUCGUUCGCAUUGUAAAUUAUUAAUUUGAUGAAAAUGUGUAUGUCGAUUAUAUGAAUUUCAUUUUUAUAUGAUUUGGGUAUGUAAGUAGUUGCAUUAUAAUAAAUGGUAAAUGGUAAUGGCCUAAUUCCAAGCGCUACAAACUGAGCAUAUGAAUUCAGUUUGUCGCCGACAGAAACUGGUACCACAUGUAAAAUCUGAAUGAAAGAGGAUAUUGUUCUUUACCGACUUACAAAACAGAUGUACAUUGGCGUUUCAUUUCUCCAUCAGCGUCGUCACAGAAACGAGGAAAUACCAAUAGCAAGGUUUCAGUUGAACUAUAUUUCAGACGGAAGUGGACUUAUGCCAUCAAAAGUUAGAAGGUUUCGUUCUUGCUAGAGUAAUAAUACGCGUGAGAAACGUAGAAUUACACAUACAAUGGUGACAUUCGAAUGUUGGCAAUACAAAACUGUUAUUCAUUAUGUAUAUACAAUAUGCGUGAGAAACGUACUUGUACACAUACAUUGU